UUUAAUUAAUUGUGAGAUUACCACUUAUUAUUGAUGGUGAUUAUAAUAUGUUGUUGGAAGGCAUCUCAAUUAAUAUAAAUGUAUCAGAUUUAUUGGUUUGCCACAUUUAUGAACUACAUUUGGCUUUAAAGAAGCAGAUACUGAAAAGGGGUCAUUUAUGUAUUAACUUCAGAUCUUAGUCACAGUAUUAUCUCCACUGUAAAGUGCUGGUGGGUCAUUUCCUGCUGGAAGAUCCCUGCAGUUUUUCUGAGGCCUGCCACCUGUUAAAUUUCCCUCUUUCCCUUUAACCCCCCACCCCCAAAGUCAGCUGGGAUGAAGGAGGCCCUUUUGUUCCAACAUAGUUCCCUGCAGGGUUGCCAAGCUUGUUCAAGUUGGAGUUUUUUGCUUUUCUCUCGCCCCUGAAUCGACGGCUCGGUGCAGAAAAUAACAUGGGGAACAACUUUGUGCAGUGGAUCCUGACGCUGUGCAUGAUUUACUCAGUGUCAGGUGAAGGCUGCUCCCUGAUCCUCAAGCCCUCCAGGGUGGUGGUGGGCUUCGGGGAGCCGGUGUCGGUCAGCUGUGAGGCCGCUCGGCCCGUGCGAGUCCUCGGCUGGGAAUCGGCCAUCAGUGCUUCACACACCCAACAGGACCUGUCCGUCCAGUGGAAGGUGGACAGUCUCAUCGACUGGAUCGAGGAGCCCAUCUGCUACGGGGUGUUCUUCACUGCGCCGAGACAGUGUGAGGAGAAACUCAACCUCGUCCUCUACAAAACCCCAGAUAGCGUCUCCAUCAGGCCCGUGAACCACACCGGCCCCAUGGUGGAAGGAAAAGAGUACCAGCUGCUCUGCGAGGUCCAGAAUAUUGCUCCCGUUCAGUACCUCACCCUGAGGUGGUACCGAGGACAAACCGAGGUUUAUAAUCACUCCUUCUCUGACCUCACAUCUUCCUCGCCCGUCCAAGUGUCCUCCAUCCUCGUCGUCACACCAACCAAAGCAGAGAAUGGAGCGCAGUACAGGUGCGUGGCGGUGCUGGAGCUCGGACCAGAGGGACCACAACCACCUCCAACUGUGACCUCCGAGCCUCUUAAUGCGUCUGUGUACUUUCCCCCAACGUUCCUCAGUCCUGAACCAGAAUCUUUGGAUCUUAUAGAAGGCACUGAGAUUACCUUGAACUGCACUGCCACAGGUAACCCCACACCUGUUUACAGCUGGCAAUCCUCCCAUCCCAUUCAGGAGACGAUGGAGGAUGAAGCAGUUCUUACCUCCUCCUCGCUGCUGCCAGGUACCUACACCUGCACCGCCUCCAAUACACUGGAGAAGAAGAGCAAGCAGUUCAUUGUCAAGGCCAAUACCAAAGGUGUUUGAAACAAGAGACCUCCAGAUGGGAUCAGACGACCACACAAACAAGGAAAACUCAACUAAGGGGAUUUUUCUGUUGCAGCUUUGGAGACAGAAAAGACAAUGCAUUCAGCAGAUAUUUAUGAGGAUCUUGCUAUCAGGCAGAAUUAGAUAUAAUAUUUUUAAAAGAGAUCUGAAUAUACGAUGUUUGGUAACUGAUAGAUUGUAGAUUUGGGGUUAGGGAUAUAGAUCACUUUGUGUGCUGUCCAUGUGAUAUCCUGUAUCUAAUGUAUAUUUUUGCUAGACUUGUUUGACCUUGUAACAUAGAAAACGUGUAGCUCGUCUGGAUAUAGCAAAUGAUGACUACAUUAUCAUUAAUGUACAAUUUUUAAUACUGAAUGUUGAAGAUCAGCAGUCCAUUAUUGUAAAUAUGAACCGUUUCUUGAUUUGCUUGUCUUUAUGAAUAAAAGUAAAACUAUGAAAAACACUUGAUACGUUU